UUCCGGUUCGCUUCCGCCUACCGCGCCCGGGGCCCCCAGAGCGGAAGCACCGCGCUCCCUCCCAAAGCUGCGCCUGUGGGUGGAAACUCGGGAGCUGCCAAGAUGCCGGCUUACCACUCUUCUCUCAUGGAUCCGGACACCAAGCUCAUCGGAAACAUGGCGCUGUUACCCAUCAGAAGUCAGUUCAAAGGACCUGCCCCCAGAGAGACAAAAGAUACAGAUAUUGUGGAUGAAGCGAUCUAUUACUUCAAAGCCAAUGUCUUCUUCAAAAACUAUGAAAUUAAGAAUGAAGCUGAUAGGACCCUGAUAUAUAUAACUCUCUACAUCUCUGAGUGUCUGAAGAAACUCCAAAAGUGCAAUUCUAAAAGCCAAGGCGAAAAAGAAAUGUAUACACUGGGAAUCACAAAUUUUCCCAUUCCUGGAGAGCCAGGAUUUCCACUGAAUGCAAUUUAUGCCAAACCUGCGAACAAGCAGGAAGAUGAGGUGAUGCGAGCCUACUUGCAGCAGCUGAGGCAGGAGACUGGGCUGCGACUUUGUGAGAAGGUGUUUGACCCUCAGAAUGAUAAGCCCAGCAAGUGGUGGACUUGCUUUGUGAAGAGACAGUUCAUGAACAAGAGUCUCUCAGGACCUGGGCAGUGACGGAAGCCUGGGCAGCCGCCGUCUACAGAGCUGCGGGCCACAUUGUACAGCGAGAUGUACGCAGUCCUUGGCCUUGACCACGUUAUGUUUUAUGCAGAAAACAGCAGAGAGCAUGUCUUUACUUGAGAAAUGCUUGAUCAAGAAGGGCUUGGGGCGGGAAUUGUCAAAGGGUCAUUUGGAAUCUUCUGCAGUAUUAAGCUGGUGCUUAAUACGAAUAAAUAAUAAAGACAUUUCUAACAUUC